AACAACGAGGAAGAGAAUCCCUUCGGAACACUUAAGAAGAGUCCAAUCGGCUAUGGAGUAGUUCUGUUUUGGAGUAUUUUUAAAGUUGUGUUAUUAGCUGUAGUACAGCAGACACAGGCAGACAUGUACCGCUGCAUGGCAAGGCUGGUUGAGCAGCGUUGGCAGUGCUCAGUCCGCUGUAUGAGCUCUGCAUCCAGGAAGAGGAGGGCUCUGCGCAGUGCCUUCCCGGUGCUGGAGCAGCCCCUGCAACCCAUCCAGCGACAUGUGUAUGAAGCUAAUCUCCGAAACAGCAACGCCUACCAUAAGAAGUACAUGGAGUUAACUGAGAAGGUGAGAAAAGGUGGAGGGGCAAACGCCAUAGCCAGACACACGCAGAGAAACAGGAAGUUGCUGGUCAGGGAUCGGCUGCGCCUCCUUUUGGAUGAUGAGGACUUCCUUGAGCUGUCACCAUUCGCUGGUCUGGGUCUGCCGUACGGGGACAUCCCUUCAGCCGGAUGCCUGACUGGUCAGAAACCUCUAGAUGCAAUCCCAUGUCUUUGUUUAUUCCCCACCUACUAUGCUGAUCAGGACCGUGCAGAGACCUUUGGAAGGGCAGGCAUUGGCAGGAUCAAUGACCUGUGGUGUGUGUUCAUUGCCAACGAUGCCACAGUGAAAGGUGGCACAGCGUAUCCAAUCACAGUGAAGAAGCAGCUACGGGCACAGGAAGUGGCGAUUCAGAAUCGCCUGCCUUGUGUUUACCUGGUCGACUCUGGAGGAGCUUUUCUACCACUGCAGUCAGAGAUCUUUCCUGAUAAGAACCAGGGAGGAAGGACGUUCUAUAACGAAGCCAUCAUGUCUGCCAUGAAGAUCCCACAGGUGUCAGUGGUGUGCGGGUCGUGCACGGCUGGUGGAGCUUACAUUCCCACAAUGGCGGAAGAGGCAGUGAUGGUGAACCGGAUAGGGACCAUAUUUCUGGGAGGACCACCACUUGUCAAGGCCGCCACUGGGGAGGAAGUUACACCAGAGGACUUGGGAGGAGCCAGGCUUCAUGCUGAGGUGAGUGGCUGUGUGGACUAUUUUGCCUGGGAAGAAAAGGAGGCGUAUGAUUACACCAGAAACAUCAUAUCCACCCUCAACUUCCAGCUGCCCGAGGAAGAGGAGGAGAGUGAGGAGGACAUGAAGAAGAGGAAAGCAGAGGAGGAGCCGCUUUAUAGUUCAGAGGAGCUGUUGGGGCUCGCUCCCACGAGUUAUAACUACAGUCUGGAUGUUAAAAUGGUAGUCAGUCGACUGACUGACGGGAGCCGCUUCCAGGAGUUUAAAGCUCGCUAUGGAACCACACUCAUCACUGGCUUUGCAAAGAUCCAUGGCCACUUGGUAGGAAUAGUGGCCAACAAUGGCGAACUGUCAUACCAGGCUGCACUGAAAGGCAGCCAUUUUGUCCAAUUGUGUGACCAGAGAGACAUCCCCCUCCUCUUCCUCCAGAACACAGCACCAGAAGCAGCUCUAACAUUAUCGACAAGACAGGCAGAGAUAAAUAGCAACUGUCUGAAGGCUCAGGGCUCAAUGAUGUCAGCAGUAGCAUGUGCCUCCGUCCCCAAAAUCACAGUGGUGAUAGGUGGCUGCCAUGGUGCUGACAGCUACGCUAUGUGUGGUCGGGCCUUUGACCCUAAUUUCUUGUUCCUGUGGCCCAACGCCAGAGUGGCAAUAACGGCUCCGGGUCACGCGGGCUCUCUGCUUCCCCCUGACAGUGAGCAGGAGGAAGAGAAGAAGAAAUGGGAGGAUGACUUGAACGGGAGGUUAAAGGAGGAGAGCUCAGCUUUCUUCUCCUCCAGCAGACUCUGGGACGAUGGAGUCAUUCUGCCUCAGGACACCAGGAAGGUUCUCAGACACUGCCUGGACAUCAUCAAACAGCAGCAGUAUCAGCUGUCCACAGAGAAACUGCAAUCGGCACUUCUGCGUAUGUAGAGGCCUCUUUCUUUCUUCACCUCACUUCCUCUGGAAACUACGAACAACUGUGCCUUUCUUUGUAAUUAAACUGUUGUAAACGGCUGUACCCCAUUGGUCACUUUCACCAAUAUGCGCCAAGAGGAUCCACACCAAACUCUCGCCUGUUUUGUUGUGCCUUGUUUGUUCCUCCACUCACUUACACCACUGUCUUUAGUGCCAUCCACAGCGUUUGCCUGAUGUUUUCUAAAUAAAUCGGUUAAUUUAAGUGCAUUUUUAGUGUCUCUCCCAUAUUUGCCAUGGCCCUUUUUAAACCGGUUGUGACAGGAUGAUGAUGGCAUUAUCCUAAAAGCUGUCCUAAAUUAUCCAAAAAAUGAAGAAAGAGGAAUUGUAGCAGCCCUUGAAGAGAAUCAACAUUCUUUAAAUAACAAAUGCAUGUCUUUGCACACCAUACAGAAAUAUCUGUCCGAAGUGUAACAUGUGAAAUACAGAAGAUUAAUUGCCAAUCGUCUGAUGGACCAAACUUCAUUAAAGGUUUUAGAGUUCUCAGAUAUUGAACUGUUGGGAGCAGUUCAUAGGAAAUUAUAAACACAAAGGUUCUGUGGCUGCUCUGUAUAUACAUAUGAUAAUAAACACUUCUAUAACAAUA